AUGGAGCAAGUUGACGAAUUCUUCGUCAGAACAGAAAACGAGGCAACUUGUCAAGAAUAUGACGCGAAAAUUAUUUGGACAAAAACGAGUGGAACGAAUUCUGCUUCUUAUCAUUUGAGCAGAUAUCAACCAAAAUUAAAUGGAAAGAUGAAAAAUGAAGCAAUUGGCGAGAAAAAACGGAAAGAUGAAAUUGAGUUAGCAUCGUGA